UUGAUAUAUCGUCAAAAAUAAUACAAAAUAAUUAUAUAUAUACAGUAUAUUGUAUGUUAAAUAUACCGCAAAAUUUAAUUUAAAUUUUUUUUAAAAAAAAUAAUAGCCAUUUAAAAAAAGAUGCCAACACUUGACGAGAGGAAACAAAAAUUAUUGAAUUUCAAGGGUGCGAUGGCCGCCCCUUUUACCCCCUUUGAUGCCAAUGGGGAAGUGGAUGUCUCGCAAAUACCUAAAUAUCUUAAGCAUUAUCUGGACAGUGGUGUCGACGGCGUAUACAUAGUGGGAACCACUGGCGAAGGCUAUUCCCUGACCAACGAUGAACGACUAGCGGUGGCUAAGGCCUGGCGUCAGGCUAUUGAUGCCCAACAGGCUUAUCAUUUGUUGGCAGUGGUCAAUGUUUCGAGCACCUGUAUGAAAGAAUCAACCGGGUUGGCUAAACAAAUUGAACAGUUAGGUUUCGAUGGUAUUGCUGUAUUGCCGCCCAAUUACUAUAGGCCACAAACAAUCGGCGAAUGGGUAGACUAUAUGAAAACGUUUGRUAGGGCAGCGCCCAAUACACCCCUCUAUUACUAUCAUAACGCUACCAGAAUAGGGGAAAUGAGCUUCGAUAUCGUCGACGCCAUCGGUGAAGGUCUCAAACAGAUCCCGCAGUUUUGCGGUCUAAAAUUUGCAGAUACCAAUUUUCAACGAUUUAUGAUAUUGUUAAACAAGCACCGGGAUCAACUAAAUAUAUUUAUGGCAUAUAUAGAGUUACUGGUACCGGCACUGGCAUCUGGAUGUCUGGCCAGUAACGCUGCACUGUUAAACUAUCCGCAUAUUGUGGCCGCYUAUAAAMARAUGAUUGUAUUGGUCGGYMAGGGWGAUAUUGACGGUGCACUCAGGGAACAGCAUCGGAUUGUGGAGGAAACCUACCGGCACAAGGAGACGGGCAACUAUUUUCACUCGAUUAAGACUACAUUCAACAAACAUGUAGCUCAUCUGGGCCUCGAUGUAGGCCUACCCCGGCCACCCAUCUAUUAUCAUUAUGAGUGGUAGAUAUGAGACGGUUGUUUAAGGACUGUUAGCUAGCAUUUAGUUUAUAGGGGGGCACUGUUAACAUAACCAUAAUAUACAGUAUCUUUUUAUUCAACGAUAUUUUUAGAUUCAAUUUAGACCCGUAUAUAGCUAAACACCCCCACCCCCUGAUGACAAUUUUUUUUUAAAUUUAAAAAUCAACAUUUGGUUGAUUGGGGCUGUAUCUCACAAAUAGGCCCUCUACUGGGGCUAUAUGAUAGGGGGCGGGGUAAUUAUACAUUCAAAAAUAAAACUUUAAUUAUUUUACUAGUGUGUGGGUAUAUGCGGGUCUAUACGGUAAUUGUGUGAUUCAAAUAAAUGUCUUCCAAUUUWUAA